GAGAGCGGAGGGUGGCACCUUCGCCUGGUCUUCCAAAAAAAGUAAUAACAAACAAAAAGUUCUUGUACCUGAACGUCUCGUGGGGGUCGGCCGCUGCAGCGUAUGGUUCCUGCUCAGGUGUUGCAGCAUGAAGACAUGGCUGACAAAUCAGAUUCAACCACAGUAGUGAGUCGGCUUAAUCCACGAAAAACGGAGCACCUGAAGCCUCUCUCUGUCUUCUCCCAGAUGGUGAUGUGUGACCAAAAGGGCAGUCCUCAUCCACCAAAAGAGCCUCCUACCCCUUUUAUAAACUUAAAAAUUAAAAUAGUUAAUGAUGGCGGUAGAAAAAGGAAACUGGUUGAGUACGACAUGGACAAUGACAACAGCACACCGUGUAAAACGCGGUGUGCUUCCAACGCUCUGUCCCCAGAUCUUGGUUUCUUUACGGAUUCCUCUGGCUCUCCUAGUGGGAACUAUUCCCAAUCCCCUUUUGCACACCCUUACCCUGUUCUGAAUGAAGAGAUCCAAGCACUAAAGAGUGACAUUAAAGAAACUUUGAGCUCUCGGCUGGACAUGGAGCAUCUUCAAUGCAGGUGCUCCAAACAUGAGGUGAAGACCGUCAGAAACAGCCCACCUCUCUUUGACCACGACGUUGAUGACGUCUUAUGCCUCAAUCUACGGAAGAAGGGUGCGCAAGAACCGACGGAUGAGGAAAAACCCGAUGCAGGGGUUGCUGAGGAUGACAAAGGGUACGUUUCCUCGUUUUACCUCCAGGAUAACGAGGAGUGCAAGACGGAGAGUCCUCCAGCACAACAGAGGCACAAACGAGCUUCGCCAUGUGGUCAGCACUUCUCAUUUUUAACCAAAGAUGACAGCAAGGCUCUGAGCGGCCCGCUGCUGGGCCCUGUGAAAAGUGAUGGAGAUUUUUUAGGGGGAGAAGAUGAGGUUUUUAAUAUUGGGCAGCCGUUAUUUGAGUCCUCCAUAUGUCAGCCAGCUGCUUCAGUUGAACAGAAGAGUGUGACGUCAGAAGACCCUAAAGAGCCUCUUCACGUCUCUCAGACCUACAACUCUGGGGACUUCACUGUGGACACUUUAUAUGAAAGCACGUUGCCCUUAGAGGUCAAGGUGAAAUCAAAAGUGAUUGUUCCAAAUCAGCCCGAGAGCAAGCUAGCAUCCUCUAUCCAACCAGAAGAGAGAGCCAGCUCUGCAUGCCUUAACAUGGACCAGGCAGCCCAGGGCGUGAGGGUCCACAGACCCGAAAUCUUUGACACCAGUAUGGAAUGGGAACGUCAGAAAAGACAGUACAUAUUGUCUGUCAGAAGUCACAUGAAUGAGAACCCAGGUGACGACCGAGGACCCAUGACUGAGCUUCUGGACUUGAUGACGCAUGUCGCCGGUCAGGGGCGCUCUAACGGCUGCGAGUGGCUGCACCCCUCGGACCUCACGUGCAGAAAUUACCAAAAACGGUUUGGAAACCAGGCACCCACCAUGACCCUCAGCGAAUGGCAGGCCCACAAUCAAACCCACUACAGGCGCUUUUCCAAUGUCCCCAAAAUGUUCAAAAGAAGUCCGUUUCCGUGAAUGUGAACUUGGGAAAUAAAUAAUCAGGUUGUAUUUGCCUGACUCUUUAUAAAACUGUUUUGUAAUAUUAACAGAAUGUAUCUAUGCUUGUACUGUUCUUUCUUACCUCUUGGUUUUGUUGCAUGUAAAUGUUUGUUGCUUGUUUUGACUUUAAAUGUUGCCUUUUUGUUUUGGUUUUCUUACAACUUAGCAUGCACUUUUUUAUAUAGUUAAUGCAUGUUUUAAGAGAUUUUGAGGUUAUUGAUGCUAAACACUCAUGUUUCUAGUGAAUGGAUGUCUUGUGUUUUAACAGAUUGUGAAACAACCAGUUUGAAUUUUUUUUUCUUUUUGUGUUGCUGUGGGUUUACCUGAUCGGUGCAGUCAGGGAUUUGUUCAGAAGGGAGAGCAGUAAUGAUGUCUGGCCCUCUCCGUUCAUGUAGCAGCUCCUGCCUUGUGUGAUUGUCAGCGCUGUUCUCAGUUCUCCUACAAACACUAUCCGAGCGCCCUGCAAGUGGAUGCUGACGGAUUUGACACGUGAAACUUAUCAGUCUGGCUCUCCUGCAGGGAAUAAUCCAUUCUGUUUGUGUGCAGCCAUUUACAGUACAGCAGUGUAUUUUCUUCCCUGCUCAUGAGCCGGAUCACUGCAGCCAAAGAGCUAGAGUCGAUCUGGCAUGCCACACGGUUAUGCAGCCGCGUUUGCUUAUGCAAGAACAGAGGGGGAAAAAAAUUUAUAUAUAAUGUUAAGAAUUGGGAUAGUUUGAAGCUCACAGUUAUGUUCUAAUGUUAAGAGAAGUUUGUUGUCAUGUUUCAAGUUGCUGACUUCUGAAAUCAGGUGGCUGGGUGUUCAGUUUUUGGAUCAUUUUUGCCAGGUAUUGGACAGGUUUCUCCUUUCAGAAUGACAUCCUGAACGUUGUUUUUUUGGAUUAAGGAAAAACUUCUGACAACUGGAUCAAAGUUUUAUCUUCUGUGUUUUUGUAGACCUGUUUUCCUAAAAACAUUUCACAGCCUUGACUGCCGUGCCUAUAACGCUUGUGUCCACCCCCGGUGAGAACCCAUGCAAACAUUUUUGAUUGGAAAAUAUUAGAAUUUUAUUUCAUUUAAGCAUUUACAAGUAAGCAUACACGUUGUCUUCUUAACUGAAGUGUAAAGAUUGUGCAUAAUAGUUCAACCAUGCUAGCCCUCAUCACUGUUAUACAACAUGAUUAUAAAUAUGAUAGCACUAAUAAAGCAGUACGUUUUUUUUCUAAAACAUGCUUCUGAUGCUCAUUCCUGUGUUUUAAAAAAAAA